AUGUCUCAGAUUAUGUCCACUUCGGUGUCUGUAUCUGAGCUCCGAGAGAACAUCCUGCAGGUCUUCAGCACACACCUCAGCAACCGUAACAUGGAGGUGAUGAAGGAGAAGGUGCAGAUGCUCCACAGGAGCUUCUUUUACCUGGAGCUGUGCCCAGAGAAGUCAGACUGCUUUGUAGUAGAGCAGCAGCGAUUGCAGGGGGCAUUGAGGCUGGCCCACAAUCAUGUGCGUCUCCUCUUGACUCUGAUGGAGAUGUUGUUUGAGGAGAUCUGCUGCUGUCGUCAGGACCUGCAGUCCUUCCUGCUUCAGACUGAGAAGGCUCUAGUGGACAGUGACGUGAUCAGUGCUGCUCUGACCACUCUGACACAGCUCCACCAACACCUAGAGGACUUCAACACCAGAGACACCAGAAACCUGGGGCCUCUGGACCUGGAUCAGCAGCUUCUCCCUGGCUCAGGACAGCUGCACGUGCCUCAGCUGUGUGCCACACUGUACUACAAACUGCCUGUGGUGUUUGACUGCCUUAAGUCAUAUGCCAAGUCCACCUCGGUCUAUCUGGUCUGGUCUCUCCAUGGGGGAAUGUGUCAGGACCCCAACCAGCUCUACGAGGUCCAGUUCAAGAUCCUGCACCCUUGUAUGGGGGAGCAGGGCCAGUGUGAGCAGUUUGCCAUCAUGGGCCAUUCCUGCACUCUGGACAACCUCACCCCUGACCGCUUCUACCAGUUCUCUGUCAAACACCUCAGCACCCCCAACCUGGUCUUCUCAGCAUGGAUGGACACUCUUACAAUGAAGACAGUUAGUUAG